UCCUCCCCUCCUCCCUCGCCCAGGGCCCUGCGGAGGCGCUGCCACACGCGCUGUGGAGUUCGCUCGUGCAGGGAGUGGAGUGGAGUGAGAUGCCGCUGUGUUUGACGGCCAAGCUCCAGUCAGCUCGAGACACGACAGAAGGACUAACGCGACAUGGAGAACAAUGACGCGUAUCUGCACCUCGACUCCAGGCUGUGUGCUGGGGACGAAGUCCAGCUGUAGAGCCCUGUAUCCCAGUGAAGGGUGAUGAGCCCCUCCGGGCUGCCGGCACCGUCGGAUUAUGACGGGUCAGCGCUGACGUGACCGUGUAGACGGUAACUAGGUGGAUGUUUAUAGUACUGCGGGACUCGUCUGGAGCCCUGAACUCUGCCCCCUCACAGCCUCCACCAAUGAGCUCCAUGAUGGGCCAUCCAUCCGUCAUCAGCUCCUCCCGGCCCCUCCCCUCAGCCAUGGGCUCGCUGGCCUUGCCGGCGAAUGGCCUGAACUCACCCUACUCUGUUAUCACGCCCUCUAUAGGCUCCGCCUCCACGCCUGGCAUGGGCUUCAGCACCCUCAACAGCCCACAGAUGAACUCUGGGAGUAGUGUGAGCAGUUCUGAGGACGUGAAACCUCCUCCUGGUCUCCCGCCUCUGGGCAGCAUGAACAACUACCAGUGCACGAGUCCUGGCUCCAUGUCCAAACACAUCUGUGCCAUCUGUGGGGACCGCUCCUCAGGAAAACACUAUGGCGUGUACAGCUGCGAGGGGUGUAAAGGUUUCUUCAAGAGAACCAUCCGGAAAGAUCUGACCUACACGUGCCGAGACAACAAGGAGUGUCUGAUCGACAAACGCCAGCGUAACCGCUGCCAGUACUGCCGCUAUCAGAAGUGCCUAGCCAUGGGCAUGAAGAGAGAAGCGGUGCAGGAAGAGAGGCAGCGUGGGAAGGAGAGAAGUGACACUGAGGUGGAGUCCAGCAGUGGGUUUAAUGAAGACAUGCCUGUGGAGAAGAUCCUGGACGCAGAGCUGGCAGUGGAGUCCAAGACUGAGACGCACGCGGACGGAGGUCCCGGCAACUCGACGAAUGACCCCGUCACUAACAUCUGCCAGGCUGCAGAUAAGCAGCUCUUUACGCUGGUCGAGUGGGCAAAGAGAAUCCCGCACUUCUCAGACCUGCCCCUGGAUGACCAAGUCAUUCUGCUCCGCGCAGGCUGGAAUGAGCUGCUCAUCGCCUCAUUCUCUCACCGCUCGGUGACGGUGAAGGAUGGCAUCCUGCUGGCCACCGGCCUCCACGUUCAGCGCAGUAGUGCUCACAGUGCUGGGGUGGGAUCCAUCUUCGACAGAGUGCUGACUGAGCUGGUGUCUAAGAUGAAAGACAUGCAGAUGGAUAAGACAGAAUUAGGCUGCCUCAGAGCCAUCGUACUGUUCAACCCUGAUGCCAAAGGCCUGUCCAACCCCACCGAGGUGGAGAGUCUCCGAGAGAAGGUGUACGCCUCGCUGGAGUCCUACACCAAGCAGAAAUAUCCUGACCAGCCCGGGAGGUUUGCUAAGCUCCUACUACGUCUUCCAGCGCUGCGCUCCAUUGGACUGAAGUGUCUGGAGCACCUGUUCUUCUUCAAGCUCAUUGGAGACACGCCGAUAGACACCUUCCUCAUGGAGAUGCUGGAAGCGCCACACCAGAUCACAUGACACCAGCCCCGCCCACUAACAGUUUUCCAUUAUUUCUCUUUUUUGUACAUACGCCCUUGUAAUAAUUGAUAUAAUGAUGAAGCUGAGUGAGUAAAUACACUUCCUAUUUUAUAGCAGGCACAACUGAUUACUGAUGGGAGACAUUUGUAGGGGAGCGGGUCGGGGUGGGAUGGUCUCCAAGUUCAAUGUCAAAAUAAAUUGUAAUAGAUUUGUUUUUAAAAGAAAUUUCUCUUUGUAAAUAGACAAUUUGAAGUGUCCAUUCUAACAGCAAAACAAUGCAAUAAAGAACAUUUAUUUUAUUCGAACCAUUA